AUGUUGCGCCGUCUUACCUUUCGAACCUCGCCCCGGUGCAAGUUCCAGAAGAAAACCAGCACAAGCCCAAGCCCAAAGCCCAACGCAGACUCGCUGCCCCACCGCCUCCCAGCAGAAGUCAUCUACCGUAUAAUCGACCGCCACCUUUUCGUCUGCCACGGCCGCGACCUCGACACUCUCAAAGCCCUCGCCCUAACCUGCAAGUCUCUCCGCUCACAUUGCCUGCAGUACCUCUUCGCUUCAAUCGCCAUUCGCAAAUACCCCUGCGCCUGCUGCGGCAACCCGGAAGGUCUCGAAAACCCGUCUGGCCAAGGUCGCGACGCCCUAGAGUUCGCCGGAAUUGUCAAGCAGUCGCCUGAAAUCGCCAGCGUCGUUCGUAGCCUUUGCAUCGAAGCCCUACCGAGACAACGCACUCGCAACAUCCUCUUGAAUACGGGGAAGUCGAGCGACAGUGCAAAGGCUUUCACAUUCAUUAUCAACCGGCUCACCAACCUCGAAGACCUCGAGGCUGAAGCCCUUCAGUGCAAGUGGGAGGACAUCGACACUGCCGUCCAAGCCGCCCUCACUCGUACACUCCAGUCCGACACCUUGAAGACCGUUUCGUUGUCCAUGAUCGACAUUCCGGCUGUUGUGUUGAGCGAAUGUACCAGCGUCGAGUGGAUGACCAUACGGGCAGCGGUCUGGGAUGAUGGGAGGGUGUUGCAAGACGGUCGACGGCUCCCAAGACCGCGCAUUCUCGAGCUCGAUUCAACCUGUACAGACUCGGUCCAGCCACUCUUAAAUGCGCUGGACCUUACGGCCGUAACGACCCUCGACUUGGGGACUAUUGACUUGUACAACGCCGAGUACGACCGGCUCGUGAAGGCAUGCUGGGCCAGCCUGACCAAGCUCACAUUUACUGCUCAGGGCUGGUUGGACCAGCUAGAACAGCACUGUCUACAGCUUUGCCAAGUACCGUUACUUCAAGAAAUCGAAAUCUUCAUCCAGCCGAAAGACCUCACCAACACCUUGUUUUGGAUUGAUUCGUCCCUCAACUCCAGACACUCCCCAGACUGUGGAUCCCUCAGCGACGUCUAUAUCCACUGUCUACCUGACGAAUACACGUGGUCGAGGCAUCAAGAGUACUGGAAAACCUGCUCGCUGAUCCAAGAAAGGCAUUGGCCCAGCACCCGGGCGAUCAAGAUACACGGCUUCUCCCAUAGGAAGCACGCUCGGCUCCCAACCUGGGUAACUAAACGGUCUCUCGGGUUGUUUGGUGACGAGCAUGUGAAAGAACAAGUAUCGUCGGGAAAUGCAUAG